GUUUAAGGCCAAUUGUGACUCCAAGGGUGAUCUUUAUGGUAUGCCAUGCUGAACUAUGUUGGUGUUUGCGUUUAUAUCUUUAGGUUAUAAUUUUGCUAGCUAUUUAGUGUAUCUGUUAUAUUUGAACAUUUGAUGACUGCGGAUUUGAAUUAUUCUAUCAGAUUACCUUGGCCACAUGAAGCUGGUGGAUGGGCAGACUAUCACCGAUCAUACUGCGCUUGACGAGGCUGACAUAGCAAGGAAGCGUCAUCUAUGCGUUCAUGUUCAGACACAUGAGUAAGUUUAUCCAUUUGAUAGUCGCACACGUUGUGUAUUGUCCUUACCAUAUUAUCUACCUUAUGUAGUGGACCAGUGAUGAAGCUUUACUUAUGGGAUAAGGCAGCAGCGACUUCUGCCAGAAGUUCAAAUCGUACGGGAGCACUCCGACCGUUCUGUUGGUCACCACAGUUAACCCUAAACAUCUUGGAGGUCAGCUUAUAUUUUACAAAAAUCAUGCUCAGUUUCAUAGCUUAUCUAUGAUAGAUCAUAAUUGCGUUAGGAAUUAUACUAUAAAUAGAUGAGACAAUGGUAGAGCUUGGUAUGUAUAGUCACAUUGGUUCAUUUGUUAUUAUCAGGAACACUUGCUCUCAGUACUAUGUCAUCGUCUCGAGUGUUCAUGGAUGCUGAUGUCCAGCCUAGCAAGGAGUAUCUUGAGUGGUGUACAUUUGUGUAUUUAGUUAAUUGUCAAUCAAAUUUUGCGACAUCAGCUCUAAUAUAUAUUGGGCCCCCGCUUUUUCAGGUUGAGCUCCAACUCUGAAAUUGCUAAUAGAAUUGCUGCUGAUGUUGUCACUAAGCCUGAGCCAGUGACACUUGAGGAGCUAUUCUCAUACAUUAGGCAGGAAGCUUCUAAGGUACGAGGGUUGUUCUGUUUCUCUACAUUCUUUCCAUACGCUUGGUAAUUGACUGAAGCUUAUUUUUUUCCACAAUGAAGGUUACUUGGUUUGAAUGCACUGCAACUAUAGAUGAUGUUGUCCAGGGUUCUGCUUGGUACUAUAUUUCAUGCGGUGGAUGUAACAGUAAGGCAGUUAAAGGGCCUAGAUCCUUCAUUUGUAACAAUAAGAAGUGUGUGAAAAGUGAAGUCACUGGCGUUGCUCAGUAAGUGUCAUGCUCAUAGUUGCGUCUACGUUUUGGCAGCGCUAAUAGCUAAUCUUCUUUGUUGCAGAUACCUCACGAGGAUUUCAGUUUAUGAUAAGAGUGAGCAAGCAAUUUUUGUCAUCCUUGGUGAUGCUGGCAAGGACCUGACUGGGAAACAUGCUGCAGAGUUAGUUGCUAAUUACUUUGAGGUAACUUCCGACUCUCUCUAUACAUAGACCCGUAUUAUGUGAUCUCAUUCAUAUUUUUCUUGAAUAUUAGACCAAUGGAGGUGUAGGAGUUGACAAUUGCGUGCCGGUGCCGCAAGCAUUGCUUGACACAAUAGGGCAGACACGCAAAUUCAUUGUGAAGGUCUCGGAUCAUAAUCUGACAGCCAAGACUCAGACCAUUACUGUCACAAAGAUACUCCCACCAGAAGUUCCACUUCCAGUAUCGUCUGAUGGUAUUUCGAAGACUGUGAGUGAUGAGUCUGGUCUUUCCAAUGUCUUCGAAGAUGCUGUUGGUGAUAGAGCUAGAAAAGCUUCUGAGAUUCUUGAGUCGAACGAAACCAAGCGUUCCAAAAGUGGCUGAGAUGGCGUCAACUUAUCCUCCUCUGCAGUGAUAGUUUUUACUGCAUUCAAAUAAUGUUUUUAUGUUUUCCCUAAUGGCUUUGCCUUCUUUUCAUUUCAGACUUCAGACCUUUGUCUUUUUAUGUUAUUUAAAACAGGUUGUUGACUUAUGGUUUUUGCUUAUCUAUUUAAGGAAAUUACUUAUUCUAUAUGAUCUUUUAAUAUUACAUGAAGAUAAUAGUUUAUUCCAUGCGGAUGCUAUUACCACCACAAGUAUCUACCUCGAUUGAUUAAAACUUCGAUUUAAAACGUUGAUCAGUCAUUGCUAUGUCUCAAUAUUUAAUUUUUUUUUUCCGUUAACUCUCUCAAUUAUAUAUACUGCUUAAAUUGCAAUAUUAGCUUUCCAUAUUCGCGACUCUUAAUGUCCGUAUGGCUACACGAUAUUUUCUCAUCUAAUUAACAAAACCCUUAUCUCCAUGUCUUGACGUUAGACAAACAUCACGUUCACGCGUUCAGCGAAGAAACGAGUCAUCUCCAUCAUGGCAUCCUUGAAGAGUAGUUCACCAUUGAAGAGAAACACAUGGGUACGGCGACCUUUUCGCAUUAGUGGAAUUACUAACAGAAAUGUUCAAAAAAUAUCACCAACCCCAAAAGCAGUUCGUGUUAUUAAACUUUGGCCCAUCAUAAGUGAAGCCAAGGACUUGCUCGGUACCGGUUUCCUAUGCUUUUGCUUGGAGGGUGAAACUCUAGAAGGGCAGCUAUCCAGACAGUUAUCAACUACAAAUCCUAACCUCUUAUCAGCAGGGGAUAUAUAUCAGCUCUCAGAUUAUAUGGUCAUCCCGAAUAAUCGCAGACACAAGCUGACUCCGCAGCCGUUCUUUAUUCGUAUCAACCGUGAAGCGAGUGUGUUAAAAUUAGAACACACGAUCCCAGAAUUUCCUGCACGCAAAUUCUCUCCUCUCAACUUCAUGCAGCUAAUAGACUCAGCAAUUGCACGCACAUACCUUCCAGAUGUAGUAGGCCAGAUACUUAUCAUGCAAGAUGACUACCCCCACUACCCGGAAUAUCAAACGAAGCUGAUAAUUGGUUUGCUUAUAAACGGAUGGAUGAUGGUGAAGCUAACGCUAUGGGGAAACGAAGCAUCUCUUUUCCGGCAACUACAAGCCAUGAGCCAUCGGAAGUAUAAAGUUGUUUUAGUAACAAGCAUUAUACCAAGUAUAUGUAAAGGUAAUGACCAACCCAACCAACUCAACAUCUAAAUCAUUCACACUAAAUUUUUAUUUUUCCAGGGAAACUCUUGCUAGCUUCAUCAUCCGCAACUCAGUUUUUCUUUGAUGAAAAUAUCAAGCACAUCAGUGGCUUCAAAAGCAAAAUAAGCAUUGGUGGGGAAUAGCAAAUGACGUCGAUCCAGAGAUUUGAACGUGUUCUACGCAUUGAGAGUAUACGUACAGGAAUAUACUCUGCUCCUGAAUGCUUUCGUGCUGUUCAAUUGUUGGCCGUAUUUAGACAUUCGCUAAUGCUUCCCAUUCAGUGUUUUUUUUUUAAAUCUUUCAAUCAAUUUUAUAUUUACUACACCUUUAUAAAGGAUACAUUUCUAAUAUAAGCUACGAUAACAAUCGAUUGAUCUGUACAGGGAUGAUGAUUCUUAGACAUCACUCCCCUAUACUAAUUUGAAAAAUCUAUAUGUUAAAUAUAAGAGUUAUACGUGAAAA